AUGCAGCAGUGGCAAUUCUGGGCAGCUGCUGGAGUCCUGGUCCUGCUCUUCGGGCUCUGCUGGUGGCUCAUAACAAGAAGCCAUGAGGUGGACAGCAGCAGCGAAGAGGAGAGCGACAGCAGCAGCGAAGAGGAGAUCUCCAGUAGUAGCACAGAGCAGGAGGAGGAAGAGGAGCAGGAGCAGGAAGAAAGUGAAGGAGAAGAUCCUGAUAAUGAAAGGGAUCUGGGCAGGAUUUUUGCAAAGCGCAUCAAGUGGCCAGUGCAGAACCUGGUCUACAGGAGGCGGGUGGUGGAGGAGCUGGUGGGUCACCUCUUCCGUGAAUUUCAAGUGCCCUCGUCAAAUACUUUCUUCCCGGUGCUGCAACCAGCCAUCGGGGUGGACAGCACCUUUGAAGGUUGGAGUCCUUGUGAGGAUGAUGCUGUUUACCGCCUGCUUGUGCCCCUGCAGCCCCCCCGUGGGCACGUCCUCCACCUGGAGAUGGGCACUGUGGAGGAGAGGCCAGUGAGGAACUCCAGGCUCCGCGUGGAGCUGGAGUGCACCUGCACGAAGGAGCGGAUAGAUAUGCUGUGCUUCCUCCACCA